AGCCCCUGUGCCUCCGCAGCCUCAGCGAGCAGCAGCCGCUGCUGCCGCUGCUCCGGCUGCUGCUUCCGUGGUGGAGCUGGAGUCGAGUGCCGUGGCGUUGGAGGUUGCGGCCCGCUUCCCCGGGCGGCGCUACUUCCACAGUCGCACGGGGGUGCCGGGUUGCGUUGAGGACAUGUUUGGAGGGCAGGACAGCGAGGAUGAGUCGGAUGAUAAGGAGUGGGAGGCCGCUUUCGACCACCAAGUCCGCCUCAUGGGCCGCACGCAGCGCCGCAUGAGCCAGCGACCCAUGGGUCCAUCAGAGCGCUGCCUCAUGAAGCUCUGGGCGGCGUUUGCACGGCGGCGGCCGCUGUACGCGGAUUACGUAAUGCCGCGUCGGUGCCUGGAGUUUGUGCGGGAGCACUGCAACCUCUUCCACAGUAGCAGCAGCAGUCCUUCCCCGGACGCCAAAGCCAAUGCCAACCCCGACUCCGACUCGGCCGGUGCAUGUGCUGGUGUGGACAGCCGUGACCUGCGAGCCGCCCUGGCUGCACACCUGCUGCUGCUCAGGCAGAUGAACCUGAUUGACCCACGGGUCAUUCUUCGCUGCCUAGACAUUGCAGAUGGAAGGAUCGCCUCCACCGCGGAAGACGAUGCGCAAUUCCUCAACCCCCAUACCACUGCAAACACGACCAGCCGCCGUACGGCUGCAACCGCGGCUGCCGGUGCUGCUGCUGCUGCGUCGAACGCCGCCGCGCACACCUCUAAAGGUAUUCCUUCCGCCGCCGGCGGCGGUCGUCGUGUCAAGAUGGUCGGCGGCGGCAGUGGGAGCAUGCCGCAAGAGGGGAAGACAGCCCAUGGCGUCACCGUCACCGCCGCCGCCACCGGUUCCUUACAUGACGGCCACGAUUGCGGUGUAGCGCUUGGCGUCAGCGGCGGCGGGGAAGAGAGGGGAGGAGGUGCGGAGGAAAUGGAGGUAGAUGUCGUCAGCGGCGCACUGGAGCGACAGGGAGGAGGACGGUUUGGACGCUCGCCUGAGGGAGGCGGCGUUGACGAUGGCGCUGACUGCAGCAUGGAUACAAGCGAGCCGUGCAAGAAGCCGGCUGCUGCUGCCGCAGGACAAAAAGAAGAACCACCCGUAUCACGGUCACGCCGGGGCUUGCAGGGGCCCACUGCUGCUGUGAGGCUGAGUGCGGCAGUGGAGGCGGGUGCGGUGGAGGCCGAGGUGGAGACGGCCCCCGCAGCCACCCAUGCCGCCGCAGGCGGAGGGGUGGAGGAUACAAUGGAGGUGGAGACGGAGGCUGCGGCUGCCUCGCAGGUGCAGGUGCAGGUGUCGAGGCCUGCGUCAAGCCACCAGCAGCGGCCCCGAAAGCAUGAGCUGCAGCAGCAGCAGCAACUGCCGCUGACACAGGAGGAGCGACAGCAGCAGGACCCGCAGCACACACCGCAGCGGCCAACCGGGUCUCGCUCCACGCCUGCGCAGUGCUGGGCAAGAAACAAGAGGGCCCGAUGGGCGGGGGCACCGCCGCCAGGGACCCGUGGGUCACUGCCGCAGCUCGUGCUGCCGCCGCAGCAGCAGCAGCACACCAGCAGCGGCAGCAGGACUGCUGCGGCAGCAGUUCCGGGGUCGCAGACAGCGGCUGGGACCAAGCCAGCGGCAGUUGGCUAGGCGGCGGCAGUGAAGGCGAAACACGCGCCGGCGGUUGCGUCUAGCGAUACAACAUCGGGUUGACAAUAGGGACGCCCACACCCAGUGCUGGCCGGAGGGGUGUGGUACUUGUAGACUGGCAGGGGACGUGUUCGCUGUGUAGGGUUUCAAGGGCCGUACGGGUGUUUGGUGGCGGUAAGGUUUGCGUGUUAGCAUGCCGAUGACAAGUUAUAGUAUUUUAGCUGCAACCUUACGUGCGCGGUGAGCCUAGCGGUGUGCGUAGCCUACGUAGCCUAUGUACUGUCCGGGCUGAGUAGACGGUCCUUUAUAUCGUUGGACCGAGGUUACUCCCAGGCGACGUUCCUUGGCAUCACGGGCUGUUAGGUGUCAUCACGAUGCAUGCUAUAUUUAAACGAAG